AUGGCGGCCUACCUGCAAUGGCGGCGGUUCGCCUUCUUCGACAAGGAGCUGCUGAAGGAGCCGCCCGGGCCCGAUGGCGCCUCCAAGCCCUUCGCCCUCCCCCCGGGCAUCACAGUCUGCGACUCGGGCCGGGGGAGCCUGGUCUUCGGGGAUAUGGAAGGGCAGAUCUGGUUUCUGCCCCGCUCCCUGCAGCUCAGCUGCUUCCAGGCCUACAAGCUGCGGGUGACCCACCUCUACCAGCUGAAGCAGCAUAACAUCCUGGCCUCCGUUGGGGAGGACGAGGAGGGCAUCAACCCCCUGGUGAAAGUCUGGAACCUGGAGAAACGUGAUGGCGGGAACCCCCUGUGCACCCGGAUCCUUCCCGCCAUCCCGGGGAACAAGCCCACUGUGGUGUCCUGCCUCACCGUCCACGAGAACCUCAACUUCAUGGCCAUCGGCUUCACGGACGGCAGCGUGACGCUCACCAAAGGGGACAUCACCCGGGACCGGCACAGCAAGACCCAGGCCCUGCAUGCGGGCAGCUACCCGGUCACCGGGCUGGCCUUCCGCCAGGCGGGCAAGGCCACGCACCUGUUCGUCGUCACCACGGAGAACGUCCAGUCGUACCCGCUGUCCGGCAAGGAGUACCCGCGGCUGGAGCUGGACCCCCACGGCUGCGGCCUGCGCUGCUCGGCCCUCAGCGACCCGGCCCAGGACCUGCAGUUCAUCGUGGCCGGCGACGAGUGCGUCUACCUCUACCAGCCCGACGAGCGCGGCCCCUGCUUCGCCUUCGACGGACACAAGCUCAUCGCCCGCUGGUUCCGCGGCUGCCUGGUCGUCGUCUCCCGCGACCGCAAGGCCUCGCCCAAGUCGGAGUUCGGCGGCAGCGAGGCGCAGAGCUCGGAGAAGCAGCUCCUCACCGUCUACGACCUGUGCAACAAGUUCAUCGCCUACAGCGCCGUCUUCGACGACGUGGUGGACGUCCUGGCCGAGUGGGGCUCGCUCCACGUGCUGACGCGGGACGGGCGGGUCCACGUGCUGCAGGAGAAGGACACGCAGACCAAGCUGGAGAUGCUGUUCAAGAAGAAUCUGUUCGAGAUGGCCAUCCACCUGGCCAAGAGCCAGCACCUGGAUAGCGACGGGCUGGCCCAGAUCUUCAUGCAGUACGGGGACCACCUCUACGCCAAGGGCAACCACGACGGGGCCAUCCAGCAGUACAUCCGCACGAUCGGGAAACUGGAGCCGUCCUACGUGAUCCGGAAGUUUCUGGACGCCCAGCGCAUCCACAACCUGACAGCCUACCUGCAGACGCUGCACCGGCAGUCCCUGGCCAACGCCGACCACACCACCCUGCUGCUCAACUGCUACACCAAGCUCAAGGACAGCGCCAAGCUGGAGGAGUUCAUCAAGACGAAGAGCGAGAGUGAGGUGCACUUCGACGUGGAGACGGCCAUCAAGGUGCUGCGGCAGGCGGGCUACCACUCCCACGCCCUGUAUCUGGCGGAGAACCACGCCCACCACGAGUGGUACCUCAAGAUCCAGCUGGAGGACAUCAAGAACUACCAGGGAGCGCUGAGCUACAUCGGCCAGCUGCCCUUCGAGCAGGCGGAGAGCAACAUGAAGCGCUACGGCAAGAUCCUCAUGCACCACGUGCCCGAGCAGACCACCCAGCUGCUCAAGGGGCUCUGCACCGACUACCGGCCCAGCCGCCCCGCCGCCGCCGCCACCACCGCCGCCACGGCCGGCCCCGCCGAUGCCGAAAUCCCCGGCUGCAGGGCCAACUCGGAGGAGUUCAUCCCCAUCUUCGCCAACAACCCGCGGGAGCUGAAGGCCUUCCUGGAGCACAUGGGCGAGGUGCAGCCGGACUCCCCCCAGGGCAUUUAUGAAACGCUGCUGGAGCUGCGCCUGCAGAACUGGGCCCACGAGAAGGACGAGAAGGUCAAGGAGAAGCUGCACGCGGAGGCCAUCUCCCUCCUGAAGAGCGGCCGCUUCGCCGCCGUGUUCGACAAGGCCCUGGUGCUCUGCCAGAUGCACGACUUCCAGGACGGCGUCCUCUACCUCUACGAGCAGGGCAAGCUGUUCCAGCAGAUCCUGCACUACCACAUGCAGCACGAGCGGUACGCGCAGGUGAUGGCCGUGUGCGAGCGGCACGGGGAGCAGGAGGGCUGCCUGUGGGAGCAGGCCCUCAGCUACUUCGCCCGCAAGGAGGAGGACUGCAAGGACUACAUCGCCGCCGUGCUCAAGCACAUCGACGCCAAGAACCUCAUGCCCCCGCUCUUGGUGGUGCAGACGCUGGCCCACAACUCGACGGCCACGCUGUCCGUCGUCAAGGACUACUUGGUGCAGAAGCUGCAGAAGCAGAGCCGGCAGAUCCAGCGCGACGAGCUGCACGUCCGCAAGUACCAGGAGGAGACGGCGCGGCUCCGCCAGGAGAUCCACGACCUCAAAACCAGCCCCAAGAUCUUUCAGAAGACCAAGUGCAGCAUGUGUAACAGCGCCCUGGAGCUGCCCUCCGUCCACUUCCUCUGCGGCCACUCCUUCCACCAGCACUGCUUCGAGAGCUACGCGGAGAGCGACGCCGACUGCCCGACUUGCCUGCCGGACAACCGCAAGGUCAUGGACAUGAUCCGCGCCCAGGAGCAGAAGCGGGAUCUCCACGACCAAUUCCAGCAUCAGAAAGGAAACGGCCAGAAGAUGAGGGUGAUCCGGGUGGGCACGCGGAAGAGCCAGCUGGCACGGAUCCAGACGGACAGCGUGGUAGCGAUGCUGAAAGCCUGCUAUCCGGGUCUGCAGUUUGAAAUCAUUGCCAUGUCCACCACGGGGGACAAGAUCCUGGACACCGCUCUCUCCAAGAUUGGGGAGAAGAGCCUCUUCACCAAGGAGCUGGAGCAGGCGCUAGAGAGGAAUGAGGUCGACCUGGUCGUCCACUCCCUGAAGGACCUGCCGACCGUCUUGCCCCCCGGCUUCACCAUCGGCGCCGUCUGCAAGCGCGAGAGCCCCUACGACGCCGUCGUCUUCCACCCCAAACACGCCGGAAAGACGCUGGCCACGCUGCCGGAAAAAAGUGUGGUGGGGACCAGCUCCCUGCGCAGGGCGGCCCAGCUGCAGAGAAAGUUUCCACACCUGGAAUUCAAGAGCAUCCGGGGGAACCUCAACACCCGCUUGCGGAAGCUGGACGAGCUGCAGGAGUUCAGUGCCAUCAUCCUGGCAGCCGCGGGGCUGCAGCGGAUGGGCUGGCAGAGCCGCCUGGGCCAGCUCCUGCUCCCUGAGGACUGCAUGUACGCCGUGGGCCAGGGGGCCCUGGGCGUGGAGGUCCGGGCCAAGGACCAGCAGGUGCUGGAGCUGGUCAGCAUCCUGCACGACCCCGAAACGGUGCUGCGCUGCAUUGCAGAGAGGGCCUUCCUGCGCCACCUGGAAGGGGGGUGCAGCGUGCCGGUGGCAGUGCACACGGCUGUGCAGGAUGGACAGCUGUACCUGACAGGAGGGGUGUGGAGCCUGGACGGCUCCGACAGCCUGAGGGAAACCAUGCAGGCGAGCGUCCGCUGUGCUGCUCAGCUCGAAGACGGCCCAGAUGACGACAUCCAGCGGGUGGGCAUCACCGCCCGCAACGUGCCCCGGCCCGCCCAGGUAGCGGCCGAGAACCUGGGCAUCGGGCUGGCCACGCUGCUGCUGGGCAAAGGGGCCAGAGCCAUCCUGGACGUGGCCCGGCAGCUCAACGAUGCCCGCUGACCCACCCCGGGGGAAGCCUCGGUGGGCCGGGGCCUGCCCUCGGUGCCUUAACCCGUGUAACCCCCCCCCCCCUCCAUUGUCAAUAAACCGGCUAACCCGAGAUGCGGCUGCCAGUGAGGAUGCCGUCCGCCCCUCCCCAAUCACACAAAGCCGCUCGUUGCAAAAAGAAAAAAAAAAAAAGACAUUUAAUAAACAAAAGUCCGUU